UAUCGAUAUUCCAAAUAUCGAUACUGUAUCGCCCAUUACUAAUCUGUAGCCACCGACUGUAAUAAAUAAAAAUUACCAAGAAUUCAUAUGUACACUUGCUACAUUCUUUUAAUUAUACACGCCAAACAAACGAUUGUAUAUAUAAAAUAAUACCUUUAUUUAUAAAAUGGUAAAACCUACAAGUAAAAUAGUUGAUAUUUCAUGGAGGUUCGGUGUAACAGCAGCAAGUAAUGAAUCUGACAAUGUGGGAAAAUCAUUUUUUCAACUAAAAUUAUGGCUAGAAGAAGAUAGUAAAAUUAACAAUGUCUUUCUAGAAAUGACUAUAAGUGAAUUUUAUAAGUUUUUACAUGACUUAGAAAAGGCAAAUUGUAAUCUCGAUUUAUUACUUUAAGUAAACAUUCCAAAUUUCAGGGAUUUACUUUGUAAAUCCAUGUGUAUAACUUACAAUCUAUGUAUAUAAAAAUAAAACUUCAAUUGUACAAUUAUAUCUUUGUAUUAAAUACACUGUAUUAUAAAUAGCAAGUACUAAUCUACU